AUGGGGUUCAACGGGUUACCCGCGCCUGCCGGCGUAGGCGGCGCGGCCCGCAACCUCGGCGGCCCGGGAGCGGGGCCACGGGCACCGGCAGGUCGCUCCGGAGGCCGGCCGGCGCGUGCCCGCUCGCCCGCGCUCACACGGACGGGGGGCGGCGGCGGGGGCUCGGGCCGAGGCCCGGCCACCCCUCACCUCCCCGCCCGCCCGACGGGAGCGGGGCGUCGCGGGCACGGCGGCCGGUCCGCGACGGCCGGCCGGGGUCCCGACGACCCGCGCUCGGGCGAGCGCGCCGGGGCGGGGCGCGGCGCGGCGCGGCAGGGGGACGGACGGCGGUCCCCCCAACCUCGCCCAACACGCAACGACGCCGGCGGACGGGCGGCGGCGGCGGACCACGGAGCGGUGCCGCGGCAGGCCCGGGAAGCGAAACACACCGGGACGCGGCCCGGGGGUCGGCAGACGCGACGGACGGGAGACAGGGCCGACGAGGCGCGGCUGGCUCGGCCGCCGCCGCGGAGGCGCGGCGACGACCUCGCGGAAGACGUGGCGGGCGGGGGCGGACGCGCGCCGACGCGAGGGAGGCCCGGGGGCCAUCUUAAGGGCACGGACGCGAGUCGGCCGCCGGGGCACGACACGGGGUCUCACCGCCAGAGGCCUCCAGCGCAGGGGCGGUCCCGCGGCACCCAGGACGCCGACUGGCCUCCUCGGCCCCCCAACCAGGGUGCCCCCCCUCGCGGGGCUCGCGCCCACCACCGCCAAACACCCACGAGCCGCGGCCAGCCCCGCGACAACAACACUCUCCCGCGCGCACACCGGCCGCCCCACGUGCCCCGCCACACGCCUCCGCCGCCGCGCCCGACUCCCCCGCCUCAGGGACCGCCCCGGCCCAACACGAUCGCACCCACGCCCGUGUGCGACUCCCCACACACACGCAAGUGGGGGCGGCGGCACACGCGGCGUCGGCCCGGCCACGAAGUCAGUCCCCCCCACGGCACACCGUGGGAGGACGAUGGCGACGAGGUGGCAGGCCCCCGUCCCCCACCGAGGGAGAGAAACAGAGGCAAGACCCCGCGCCCUUUACCGUCUCGACCCCCCCGAGAGAGCCACUCACGGGACACACCACCGCGGCGGAGACCCCGAGGAGCACGCUGGGAAAAGGGAACGACACCACCGCUCGGCCUCGCGCACCUGAGGGACGACCUGGAGCGCUCCAGGGGCACCACAGAGGACCGAGCAAGUCACGCUCACGCGCCGGCAGCGGGCGCGCGGCGCAGCGGCGGGACGGCCCCCACCGACGCGGGGAGGACCGCCCGCGAGGCACACGCCAAGGAGGCGAAGCGAGAGCGUCUGCUGCGUCCGAGGACCACGGCCCCGCCCACGCCGCCGGCAGGGCGUCACAAGAGAGGCGAGGGGCCCGCGGACAGAACGAGAAGAGCGGUCCCGUUCGCCAAGAACGUGGCCGACGACCCCGCGAGGAGAACGCCUGACACGUGGCACGGAGCCUGCGGGUUGGGGUCGUCUCAGCCACCACCGGGUGCCUGCGGCGGGGAAGGGGAGUCACACGGGGUAGAAGACCCACGCACCACCUCGCCCCGCCGCCCUCGGGUGAGCCAGAGACCGGAGGCGGCACCGCGGGUCGGGUCAGCCGGGCGCACACACGAGAGCCGGCGCGCAGGCCCAAGCGGGCGGCUCAAGUGGCAAGGGCCGGUUCGGGCGCCGGACGGCGGUCCAAAGCCCAGCGCCCUGCGCGCGUCCAGAGUCCCAGAACCCCCAGCGAGAGAUGCCAGAGGAGACCGUGUCAGCACCUAUCUGGUGGUAAAAAAGGCCCAUUUCAGGCGAAAAAAAUCACGGCGCCCGGCAGCGGGGCCCAUCCACGAACCUCGGGGGGGCUCCCCGGGACCUCGGCCCGGCUACCUCUCCCCAACACUUCCCCAUCCACAGCAGCCCCGGAGCUCUCUCGGGGCCAUCUGGUCGACCCGAGCAGCGGGGGCGGCAGAGUGGAGCGGGGCGGGGCGGGAAAACGUGGCAGAGGCAGCGAGCGGGCCGGGGUCACCCUCCCCGGAUCGCCCGCGCGAGCAGUACGACUCGGGCCGGUCCCCACCGCCACCCCCACCCCGGCCGGGACUCGCGGUGGAGGAGGGGGCGGGGGAGGGUGAGAAAAAGUCGCGUCCGCCGACCGGGACCCACGUGGGCCCGCUAAAGGGCCGGGCCUGCACGCCCAAUCUCAAGCGACAGCAGGAGGCGCCCACGCCUGGGCGCCACCGGGACAGUCACCGCCAGCGUCGCCCGGCUCCCGGAACUCUGCCUCGGGCCCGGCGGCCGAGUCACAGCCCUCACGAAGGUCGCCGAAGCUCCAGAGACAAGGGACAAUAUAAAAGCGGCCGCCAGGUGGCUCCCGACAACGGCUCCAACGUCCCCGGGCCGGGUUCCCUGUCGCCGGCCGGCCACCGAGGAUGCAGCAGCGCCGGGCCGCCCAAACGCCCGAGCUCAGCCCGCCGGGGCGAGCCGGCGGGCGUCUGGCGCGGCCCCGAGGCGUCCGUCUCGGAGCUAGCUCCCGGGACGGCACGACACGGCGCGACCCCGGCAGCAGACGGGGGGGGGGGGGGGGCCGGGGAAGCUGGGAAGACGUCGCCGGGAGGCCGCCUCGAAGGAAACGCGCUCCCCACGCGACUCCUCGGCGGGGGCAAAUCCCACGGAGACGCCGGCGGGGCCCGGGGCGGCCGGCACGGG